AUGUCGAGCUCUGUCUCGGAACAACGCCCACCUAAAAGGGCCCGAAAAACAAAGAUCAACGACGAAAAACUGCAGGGUGCUGAGGUUAAAAUUGGAAGAAGUCCUGCCUCGUCACACAGCCUUUGGCAUGUUGGUGCCCACGUUUCUGUCGCUGGUGGCAUUGAGAAUGCAGUACUGAACGCGGCGUCUAUAGGGUCUGAUGCUUUCGCGUUAUUCGUAAAAUCACCCAGGAAGUGGGCUUCUGAUCCUUUCAAAGACUCAAUGGUCGAAAACUUCAAGGCGCGUAUGAGGGAAUACCACUACGGACCUAGAGAUGUUCUAACACAUGGAAGCUAUCUUAUCAAUCUCGGCAAUCCAGACUUUCAAAAGAGAGAAAAGUCAUAUGAAUGCCUUGUUGACGACCUAAACCGUUGCCAACAGCUCGGUUUGGAGGUUUAUAACUUUCAUCCAGGUUCGUCUGUGGGUGCAGCGACGACCGCGGAAUCAAUAGGCCUCAUCGCGGAGUGCCUCAAUCGGGCGCACAAAGCUACAACAUCUGUAGUAACUGUACUUGAGAACAUGGCCGGUGGCGGUCAUAUCAUCGGCUCUGAUUUCUCUCAUCUCGCAGAUAUCAUAGCAGCCGUAGAAGAUAAAUCCCGCAUUGGAGUUUGUUUGGAUACAUGUAUGGCUCGCGUUGCGUAUCGGUUGUCGACGUUAACACCCUUUCUAGGUCAUAUGUUUGCAGCGGGCUACGACAUCCGAACCAAACAAGGAUGGGACGACACGAUAACAAAGUUUGAUCAACAAGUUGGCUUGUCAUACUUGCGCGGAAUGCACCUGAACGACUCCAAGACAGAUUUCGCGUCAAAUCGUGAUCGCCACGAGAACAUCGGCAUGGGCCGUAUAGGAUUGGAGCCGUUCCACUACAUCCUAAUUGAUCCUAGAGUUCAAGGUAUACCUCUUAUUCUGGAGACCUCUGAACCAGAGGCGUGGGCCACGGAGAUUGAGGUGCUGAAUGAGCUCUCCACCUGUACCAAACUCGAUGAUAAGAAGAAAAAGGUGCUCCUCUGUCGCAUUCGAAAGAGCCUGAGAGGAGCUGGUCCUCACAGGGCAGGUUCAAGACGAAUCCAGCGCUCAAAGAAAACCGAUGAUGAUGAUGAGGAAUGCGAUAGCUAAGUUUUCGACCUGAAGAUAGCAGUGUCUUAUUUACAGUAAGGGAGAGGCAAUGAGGCAUGAUGCUGGCCACCGUAUAUUUAACGUUGUGAUAUUCAGGCUAUUUUUACCUUUGGACAGCUCAGUGUCUGAUUACAUAAGUAACUGCCUCUUCUGUUUUCGCUAAAUAUGCCCCCCAUAAGAAUAAUG